AUGAAAUCUGCAUUAACUUGGAAAAUCAUUGCGAAAUGCUCACGAACAAAAGCCAGAGUUGCAACGCUUACACUUCCUCAUUGUCCACUCGAAACGCCUGUAUUUAUGCCAGUUGCAACUCAAGGAACUCUGAAAGGGGUAACCACGAAACAACUCGAAGAGAUGAGCUGUGACAUAAUACUCAAUAACACAUAUCACUUGGGUUUACGCCCUGGUCAAGAGUUAUUUGAUGAUGUUGGAGGAUCGCAUAUAUUUCAGAAUUGGAAAAGGAAUAUUUUGACUGAUAGCGGAGGAUUUCAAAUGGUUUCCCUAUUAAAACUCGCCGAAAUCACCGAAGAAGGUGUACAAUUCCAAUCGCCGCAUGACGGAUCUCUAAUGCUACUAACACCCGAACAUUCAAUGUCGCUACAAAAUUCUAUCGGUGCGGAUAUUAUCAUGCAACUGGAUGAUGUGGUUGCCUCAUUGACUACAGGCAAACGUGUCGAAGAGGCUAUGUAUCGAUCAAUACGGUGGCUUGAUCGAUGUAUUAAGGCUCACAAAAAUCCAGAGACGCAAAAUUUGUUUGCAAUUACACAAGGAGGUUUAAAUUCGGAAUUGAGAAAAAUUUGUAUUCAAGAAAUGAUAAAGCGAGAUACGCCGGGAUAUGCAAUCGGAGGACUAAGUGGAGGUGAAGAAAAAGAUAUAUUUUGGCGAAUAGUUACCCUUUCUACUGAUCUAUUGCCAAAAAACAAACCAUUAUAUUGUAUGGGUGUUGGAUAUGCUGAAGAUCUCGUAGUUUGUGUAGCUUUAGGUAUUGACAUGUUUGAUUGUGUCUUUCCUACUCGCACUGCAGAGUUGUUUGGUGGGCGUGAAAAGUAUCCAGAAUGGGCUGUUAAUGCGUUGAGAAGCGUGAAUAUUGAGUUGUUGCCAUAA